UUGGCUGUCGCCGCCGCUCGUCAGCUAGCGGAGCCCGCCUCCAGGCCCCGCGGCGUCCCGGGCGGGGGGGGACGCGCGACGCCGGCCGCGGGCGGCCCGGGGCGGGCGGGGAGGGCUCGGCUGCGGCACUCAGUGACCCGUCGGGACAGCCCCACGUCAUGGUGGACUACUACGAAGCUCUGGGGGUGAGCCGCAAUGCCACCGCCGAGGACAUCAAGAAGGCGUACAGAAAGGCCGCGCUGAAAUGGCACCCGGAUAAAAACCCAGACAACAAGGAGUACGCUGAGCAGAGGUUCAAGGAGAUUGCCGAGGCAUACGAAGUGCUGUCAGACAAGCAGAAGCGUGAUGUCUAUGACCGUUAUGGCAAGGACGGACUCAUGGGGGCAGCAGGACCAGGGGGCUCCAGGGCCGAUGCCGGGGCCCCCGAAUUCACCUUCACCUUCCGCAGCGCUCACGAUGUCUUCCGGGAGUUCUUUGGCGGGCGAGACCCCUUUGCUGACUUCUUUGACGAGAUGCUGCCCUUCUCUGAGCUGCGAGGACCUGGUCCACGGCACCAUGGAGGGGGGCAUUUCUUUUCCCCCUUCCCAGGAUCCUCAGAUUUCUUCGCCUCAUCCUUCAGCUCUGGCGCCGACGCAGGGCUGGGCUUCCGCUCCGUCUCCACCUCCACCACCUUCGUUAACGGCAGGCGCAUCACCACCAAGCGGAUUAUUGAGAAUGGGCGGGAGCGGGUGGAAGUGGAGGAGGACGGGGAGCUGAAGUCAAUCCACAUCGAUGGUGUCCCUGAUGACAUGGCGCUGGGGCUGGAGCUGAGCCGGCGGGAGCAGCAAGCCUUCCCCAGCCCACGGCCCCCUUCGCCCCCACCGCCUGCCCCGCACCGGCCCCCGAGCUCCUCGCCCGUCUGCCUCUACACAGACAGCGAGGACGAGGAUGAGGACUUGCAGCUGGCCAUGGCCUACAGCCUCUCCGAGAUGGAGGCCACGGGGCACCACCGAGCAGGUGGGCAUGGCCCUGGCACCCCACCGGCACCGGGGGGCAGCCCCAGCACCCCAUCCUCUGUCCGCAGAGCCCGUGGUCCCCGGGGGGGGCCAGAGCGGGAGCCGCUGGGGGCUGGCAGCCCCGAUGCAGUGGGGCACGAGCCUGCCCCCAAAGCGAAGCAGUGGCACUGCCCCCUGCUCUGAGUGUGGGGUUGGGGUUGUGUGUCCCUGUGGGGCAUGGGGAGGAAAGAGGGGCUGGGGGCUCGCUGCCUGGGGCUUGGCUCCUGCGUCCCCCAGCAAGGGAGGGGGUCUCUCCUGCCCUGCCUUGCUGCUCCUCGUGUGGGUGAGUGGCUGGAGGGACCUCGGUGUUGGGGGGCUGCCUGGGUUGGGAGAUCUUGGCUGGAAGAGGGGCCCUUGGUGGGGUACCGGGAAGAGGGGCAGCUCCCUGCCCUGGCUCCUGGGGGCACGGGGUACCCGCAGGUUCUGCCUGCUCCUCUCUCCUUGCCUGAUCUGCAGACAGGCAGGGACUCCGACCGGUGUCUCCCCGAUUGCUGCCUGCCCCUGCCCAGGCUGGGGGUCCUGGGUCGGGCUCUCCCUCCUUGCAAAGAGGGGGUGGUGUGUGCCUGGGAUCUGCUUGGUGCCUUGUGUGUCUCUUCCCCUCUGGAUGCUGUCGCUCCUGCCUGUACCCCCUCCUCCUCCAUCCCGCCACCGCAGACCCUGCCUGCCCCCUUUCCCCCGCAGGGCACCGUCCCUCCCUGCUUCCUGCAGCAGCAGUGACCCUCAGUGAUGCUCACAGGCAUUCCCACCCUUGCCCGUGGUCCUGCCUUGGCUCUCCUUCUCCUGGGACCUUCCUCCCUGCCCCUGCCCAGCCCUGGGCCGAGGAGGGUUUCACGGGUGCUGUUGUGUCCCCCCCUCCGCUUGUCUCCCCAGGUGUGUUCUGAGGCUGCUGCGCCCAGGGACCGUGCACACCCGCUCGCCCACGGAGGCUCUCCCAGUCAGGACUCCGCUUUGUCCCUGCACGGCCACCCCCUGCCACCCCCUUCCCCAGCACCCUCUGGCUCCAUGGGAUGUGGUGGGGGGUGGGGGGGCACAACAGGGCUUAUGGCAAAGCAAUACCUGGUGGCUGAGGGGGUGCCCAGAGGGAGAUGCCCCGGGCAGCAUGAGGUGGUGGGGAGGGUGAUGAUGAUGGGGGGAGGGAGUGGGGAAGGGGCUGGAGGGGGGCUACCUUAGAUUAGGCUGCUGGGGGGGGGGUGCUGGCAGCAGGCAGCAAGGGGCAGCAGGGCCAAGCUCUGCCCCCUCCUUGCUGCAGCCCCCCCUCCUCCCUGACCCCCUUCUGCUAACAGCGUCAAUAAACCUGUUUGCAGUAGCUGCUGCCUGCAGGCUGUCUCUGGGCUAGGGGCUGCAGGGUCCCCCCCAAUCCUUGCCUGCAGGUGGUGGUGGAGGAGGGGUGUGUGCUCAGUUCCAGCUGCACUUUGGUGGUUGUGGGGUAGAGGCUGUGCUCCUGCAAGAAUGGGGAGGGUUGGGGGAGACCCUGUGCCACCCCCC